AUGCGUGUGGUCGAGAUAGGUGGGACGGGCGUCAGGGAUGUGAUGGAGCUAGAUGAACUAGACGAGCUAGACGAGCUUGAUGAGCUUGAUGAGCUGAUUGACGAUGAGGAUGUCAGGCUAGUUGAAGUGCUAGAAGAGGAUGUUGUUGAGGUUGUAGAUGAGACUGUAGAGGCUGGGGUGGAUGUUGGAGUGGAUGAGGAUGAGGAAGUAGAGGAAGAUGAGGAGGUCGUCGAUGACGAGGAAGAAGAGCUAGAGCUUGGUGUUCCAGUAGUUGUAGAGCUCACGGCGGAUGAGGUAGAGGAGCUCGAGACUGAAGAUGCCGAGGUGCUAGCUGUUGAUGACGCAGAAGAGCUAGAUGCUGGUGCGACAGACGAACUUCCAGACGAAGAGGCCGACGAGCUGAGACUAGAGGACACAGUCGACGACGCCCCUGAAGAAGUUGAGGAAGAGCUGAUUGGUGACGCAGAGGAACGGGUAGAUGGCGUAGAAGCACUUGAGGUAGACAGCCCGGAAGAGCUUGAGGGUGUCGGCUGGGGGGAUGAGCUAGUAGAUGCAGAUGAGGUUGGACCCUGGGGUCCGGGAGAUGUACUGCUGGAUACUGUUCCUGGUGGAGUUGGAGAUGAGCUGCUAGGGUUGGUUGAUGUUGACGAGGUCGACUGGAUGUUCCCAGAAGACGUGCUGACAGGUGGCAAUAUGGAGCUUGUUGAUAGACUGGUGACUCCAGUGGACGAACUCGAUGCCGAUGGUCCCGAGGAUGUACCAGCGCCUGAUGUGGAAGAGCUAGUCGUCGACAACUGCUAG